AUGAAACACAUGAAAGAAAUUAAAGGAUAUUUAGCCAUCAAAAUUUUCCUUCUACUAGUUUUUGUUUAUGUGAAACAUUUAAGUUGCCAAAAUGCAUCGUUAAGCACUGGUAAAAACAACUAUGGAUUAAACGAGGAUGAAUUAAGAGCAAUGCUAUUUGGAAUUAAUUAUGACUCGGGUAGUAAAAAUAAAAGUAAUUCAGUAAACAGAAAAAAUAUGGAAAAUGAGUCAUUAAUUUUUGGUAAUUUUAAUUAUAAAGAUACAAUGAAAAACACACAAAACGAAAAAGUAGAAAAACAAAUUGAAGAUAUGAAUAACAGCAGAAAAGAAGAGUUUGGAGAUAUAGAGAGCAGAAAAACCAAUAAUAAUAAUUCACCCAUUAAAUAUAAAAAACAAGAUAAAAACGUUGAAUUACAGAGUAAUCAGUUACUCCAGAACAAGUUAGAAAAUGAUAAAUUAAGUAAAGAGGAUAAUCCAUAUGAUGACAAUAAUAAUAAUAAUGAAAAUAAAUUUAGGGAUAUUUCCAAUGAUCUUCAUAAUUUUGAUAACACAGAAAUCUUAAUAAAUAGAAAUAGAAAAAACAGCAAUUUAAGUAAUAAUUAUUACGACACACAUGUAACAAAUAGAGAUGAAUUUAAUUACAAUAAGAACCUUGUAAAUAAUAUAAAUACCGUAAAUAACAAUGUUUUAAAUAAUUAUAAAGAAAAUAAUACAAAUAAAGCAAAUUAUUUAAAUGACAGCUUAUCUACCUAUAAUCUUGGUAAGGACGACAAUAACACAAACAACAUAAAUGAUAAUACAAAUAUUAUUAGUAGUAUCGGUUCAUCUAAUAAUAAUGAAAGACAAAAUUUAACACUCAAUGAAUCUAAAAAUAAUAAUAACUACUUACAAAAAUGGGGUGAUACAAAUUUAGAAAGUCCCAAAUUAUUAAAAAAGGAUGUAAAUGUUAAAAAUCAUGAAGUGCAACUAAAUAGUGCGAAAACAUUAGAAAGUAAAGAGCUAAAUAAUGAAAAAACUAAAAUAACAAAAGGAGAAAAUGAAGGUGGUACAAGAUCAAAUGAGUUUAAAAAUUUUAUGAAUGCAGGAUUAGACAAAAAAUCUGAAAAAUUAUUUGUGGAGGAUGAGAUAAAAAAUGCUAAAUAUCCAGAGCAUAAGAAUGUUAAUGUGUCAUUAAAUAAUGUUGGAAAAAAUGGAAGCACUAAAAAAAUGCCUUUUCUUGAAAAUUUCAAUAAUUACAAAGAUGAGUCAAAUCAAAAAAUAAAAUAUAUAGAUGACGCACCAAAUUCGGGAAAUAAUGAAGAAAUAAAGGAAAAAAAUAAUGUGAACCUUAGAAAAAAGGAGGAAUUAGAACAACAAAAUAACAUGAGUUAUUCAAUAGAAAAUACAAACAUACAACUUAACAACUCAAGAAAAGACAAGCUAAAAAAAAUAAAUCCAGUGAAUUUUGGUGAAAAUACCUCCAGUAAAUUAAAUGACACCUCUGAAGAAGAUGAAAAUGAUAUUUUCAACAAAAUAAAGAAUAAUGAGGAAAAUAUUUUUUCUGAAAACAUAACUUUAAAAAAAGGAGCAAAAGAUAGAAAUGAAUAUAAAUAUUUUAAAUUAAAAAGUAAUGAACUUAAAGUAUUAGGUAUAAUCAAUAAAUAUUCACCGAAAGGAGGUUUUUCUAUAUCUAUUGAAUGCGGAGGAUAUGAUGAUUUCGAUGAAACCCCUGGAAUUUCGAAUCUAUUACAACAUGUUAUUUUUUAUAAAUCUGAAAAAAGAAAUACAACAUUAUUAAGCGAAUUAGGAAAAUAUUCAUCAGAACAUAAUAGUCAUACCAGCGAAUCCUUUACAAAUUACUAUGCUGUUGCACAUUCUGAAGAUAUUUACCAUUUACUAAAUUUAUUUGCAGAAAAUUUGUUUUUCCCUUUAUUUUAUGAAGAAGAUAUACAAAAUGAAGUUAACGAAAUAAAUAAUAAUUAUGUUUCCGUGGAAAAUAAUUCUGAAGGUUGCCUAAAAAUUGUCAGUCAAUAUGUCACAGAGUUUAAAUAUUCUAAAUUUUUCACUUACGGAAAUUACAUUACCUUGUGUGAAAAUGUUUUAAACAAUAAGUUAAAUAUAAAAAAAAUUUUGAAAGAAUUCCAUAAAAAGUGUUAUCAACCUAAGAAUAUGUCUCUGAGCAUACUACUAGGAAAAAAGGGAAACUUUAUUGAUCACUACAACAUGAAUGAUAUUGAAAAUAUGGUUGUAGAAAUUUUUGGAAAAUUAAAAAAUUAUAAUUACGCCAGUAAUAGGAAUGUAGAGGAAAAAAAGUAUUAUAAUUAUUUAGAACUAGAAAAGAAAAAAUUGAAUAGGCACGAAGAUAUCUAUAAUGGCAGAAAUUUCCUUUUUAAUGGUAUACAAAAUAAGUUAAUCGGAGAGACUACUAAUGAAACGGCUAUGUUUAUUCAAUUUAUAGAUGAAUACAAUUUUACACUUGAUUUGAAUCAAAAAAGUAAGUAUACUGAAAUUUUAAAGAAAGACGGAUGGGGAGAUCAAAUGUACUUAUAUUGGAGCUCUAAAAUUAAUAUUGAAUUGUAUAAGAAAAUAGAAGAAUUUGGGACUAUGAUUUUUUUACGUGAACUUUUUUCAGAUUUUAGAAAGAAUGGAUUAUAUUACAAACUAUCUGUGGAAAAUAAAUAUGCAUACGAUUUUAAAAUUGUGGACACAUGGAAUAAGUAUUAUUUGAAUUAUGGAGUAUUAAUAAAUUUAACGGAGAAAGGUAAAAGCAAUUUAGCUCAUUUGAUACAUAUAUUCAAUGUAUUUAUUAACCAAAUAAGUAAAUUAUUUGAUAAGGAUAGCUUAGACAAAGGUAUAAAUAAAUACAUCCUUGACUAUUAUAGGGAGAAAGCAUUGAACACUGAUCUUAAUUUUAACAUUGAUAAUAAAAGUGUAAACCUCAAUGAUUUAAUAAAAUAUUCCAAUAAAUUACUGGUUUAUUCAGGUGAUGAUGUAUCUUCACUUUUGACUAUCAAUAAUUUAAUUGAAGAUAAAUAUAAAAAUGAUUUUCGAAAUCAUAUUAAAAUUACAAGUUUAAUAGGUUCUCUACUGAAGAAUGAAAAUUUACAUAUUAUAAACAUUGUAGAUACAUUCAGCAUAACAAAUACAGGUAAAAUUCCUAAUACCACCAUAAUGUAUGCCACAGGGGAUAAUCCAUAUCUUGUUGGUGAAGAGGGAAUUAUAAACGAUAUAAGUAUCACCCUUCCUGAAAUAAAAGUUUGUCCCUUCAGCAAUUUUGGAAAUAAUAGUACUAGUAAUGGUAAUGGUAAUGGUAACAGUAAUGGUAACAGUAAUGGUAACAGUAAUGGUGACAGUAAUAGUAAUAAUAUUCUAUAUGAGCAGGAGAAAUCGUUGUUCUGUGUACCGUAUAAUAAUAGAGAAAAUUUUGAAUAUUCAGAAAAGGAAGAGAUGUUUGAAUCUGAAGAAAAUAAAAAUGUAUUUAAGUCAAAUAUUUUAUAUAAUAUACCUUGCUUGAUUAAAUCAUCGUACGGAUAUAAUAUAUAUUUCAAAAGAGGUCUAACAGAUACUUCUAAAGUAAAAGCGGAUUUCAUUUUUUAUUUCCCCUCUAAAAAUUUUACAUUAUAUGAAGCAAUUUUUACUCGUAUACAUGCUAUAAUUUUAAGAAAAAAAAUAAAAAUAUUGCUGGCUGAUUAUAUUAAUUGUUCAGUACAUAUAAAUAUUAAAGAAAACGUAGACUCGUAUGUAAUACAUGUAGACACAUAUAGCUACUAUUUCGAAGAACUACUUACCAAAUUAGAGGAUUUGUUGUCGGUAAAAGAUAUCCCUUCAAAGGAUGAAUUUAAUGAUGCUUAUGAUGUAUUAAAUUUAUAUGUGAAGAUAAAUGCAAAAUUCAAGAUAGAAAAUUCUUUAAAUGUUAUGUAUUCCUUAUUUAAUAAAUAUAUACCUACGAAUAAAGAAACUUAUGAUAUUUUAAAUGCACACUUUUAUUACCCUUCGUAUAAUGCUUACACAAAUUAUUUAAAUAAUUUUUUUCAUAGAAAUUAUAUUAGCAUUUUUAUAUAUGGAAAUGUCAUUAUACCAAAUGCCAUGUAUGUUGAAAAUAGUCUCAACGGUAAUAAUAUUAUCUCUUCUAACGGGAAUAACCUUAAUAGUAUAUCCGGUAGUAACAUACAUGAGCACAUAUUGAGCGAUACAAUUUAUGACAAUAUAAGUAAUAAAGAUAAUGCUACAUAUUUGAAAAAACAAGACAAACUUGGAGAAGGAGGACAAUACCAAUUUGAUUCCCUCCAUAUAUCUCAUAAUGGAUCAGGAAUAGAAUAUUUGAUUGUAUUAUGUGAAUCAUUCAUUGGAAAAGUAACAAGUAAAAUUAUAAAAAUAAAUGAAUCUACAUACUAUAAAAGUAAAUUAAUUAAUAAUGAAGACAUUGAUAUACAUAUGCAAAACCCAUAUCAAAGCGGGAACACCUCAAUAACAGUAUCAUACCUUAUCGAAUCAGAAACAAUAUUAAGUAAUCUUUUAAUUAAUAUUAUCUCUGAUUUGAUAUCAUCUGAUUUUAUUAAAUUUGCUAAAAUUAGAUAUAAUGACGGUUAUACUGCAGAUGUAAAAACUUUUUUCACACAUAAUGGAUUAGGUGGAUUACUCUUUAUCAUUCAGAGUUACGAUAAUAAAAUUGAGAAAAUGGAGGCGGAUAUAUGUACUAUCGUUAAAUUUUUAACGUUUCAGUUGUUGAACAUGGACUUAUCUGAUUUGGUUAAGAAGUUGGAGGAUAUGAAAGAACGUUAUAUAAUAAAUAACACCAUAUUUACUUUUAAUGAAGAAUAUUCAUCCAUACUGGAGCAGUUCACAGGCAUUGAAAAGGAAUGUUUUGAUAAAAAAUAUAAAAUCAUAAAAAUUUUUGACGAAUUAAUUAAAUGCCCCAAAAUAAUUUUAAAUAAAAUAAAUUAUAUUUUAAAAAACGGAAAGAAAGUAAUAUUUAAAGAUUAUAAGGUAGAUGUUAAUGUAUCGCAUAUUAAUGAUGGAGUAGGUAAGGGUAAUUUUUCCCAUCAAAGUUGUAAUUAUUCAUAUAGUAAUAACAAUAUAAAAAUGUCCAAUGUACAACUGACGGAGCAUUCGCGUUUAAUUAUAGAAAAAAAAUUAAAUGAAAGCAAAUUAAAUGAAAGUAAAUUAAAUGAAAGCAAAUUAAAUGAAGGCAAAUUAAAUGAAGGCAAAUUAAAUGAAAGCAAAUUAAAUGAAAGCAAUUUAAAUGAAAGCAAUUUAAAAGAUAGAAAAUUAGAUAGCUCAUUUAGGAUGAAGAAAUUACCCAUAACGGAAAAUUUUAUUAAUGUGCCAAAUUUUCUUCAGAUGAAAAAAAAGGGUUUUUUUCAAUAUAUUAUUGAUUAUUUUAGAAGUAACAACGGAACACAUUUUAAGAAUAACAACUAUUUGGAUUUUAAAAGUUGCGAUGAAGAAAUGUCCAAAGAUAAUUUCCUUGUAUUUCAGAAUUUUACAGAUGACAUAAAUAAAAUCAGAGAACACUUUCUUUUGAAGUUUGCAAAUGAUGCAGAAAUUAAAGAAAAUUGUUCAGUCGAUUAUGAAGAAGUUAGACAGUACUGUUAUGCACAUAAUAAUAAUUAUGAUAAAAAGAAUGUUAAAAACUGA